AUGACCUUAAUCUUUUCUUUGUUCCCGAGUGCGGUGAUUGACUGGUUCGUUUGUUGGCUGGGUUGGCUCCGUGUGCACUGUGCACUGUGGAAUCGACGAUGCCUUUGCCUUUGCCCUUUAUCCAGAACGAAACGUGAAGGGAAGGGGAACGGGGUGAAUUGUGACGUUUGUGAAUAUCUACUCCGUACACUGUGUUUCCGAUCCAGUUGUAGGUAG